CAAUGCUCAAGCAUCUGGUUUGGCUGGUUUCAUCAAGAGCUACCGGUUUGUUGCAAGCCUACACAUGUUUUGUGACAUUCUACCACCAUUGGCCAACCUGUCUCGUGCAUUCCAGAGGAAAAAUAUAGAUUUUUCUAUGAUUAAGCCUCUAGUGCAAGGGACAAUGGCAACCAUUGAGUCUUUGUUGAUGACCCCGGGUCAACAUUUCAGUAGUCUGUCUACAGUACUUCCAGACUUGAGGCAGUAUGGUUUCAAACAGCCAAGUUCUGCAGAAGAGGAUGCAUUUCAGCAACAAGUGUACAACAGAUACCUUUCAAUUCUUCUUGACCACAUUUCUGGAAGGUUCCCUGACGCUGCUCUAAUAGAAGCAUUCAGUGUCUUUGACCCAGCUAAAAUUGCUUUGAAUUUUUCAGUUCAGGAUGCUGCAAGUCAUGGUGUAGAUGCUCUAACACGUCUCACAGAAUAUUAUGGACCACACAAUGUAGUUGACUCUGAGGCUGCUAAGUCAGAGCUAAGACCUUUCACAUGCAUUGUUGCUACCAAUCAAGAACUUCGGCAGCUGGCAACUCAUCAGAUAAUGUCAUUACUGCAGAAGAAAGGGGAACUGCAGGAUAUGUUUCCUAAUCUGUCAAGAUUGGCAGCAAUCGGGCUGUUAUUGCCAAUGUCUACAGUGGACUGCGAAAGGGGAUUUUCAACCUUAAAACGAAUCAAAACUGAUCUACGUAACCGACUUAGCAGUAUGACUCUUCAGAACCUCAUGAUGAUAUCAGUAGAAGGACCAGAACCAAGUGACUUUCCCUAUGAUAGGGCAUGUGACUUGUGGUCAGGGUGGAGGAAUAGAAGACUUAGUGUAGAAAAGUAGUACUAGUAGAUAGUAUAGUUCCAGGAAUAGAAGACUUAGUGUUGUAGAAAAGUAGAUAUUAUAGUAACUAGUUCUAGCUAAUCACUUCAGUUUGUUCUAUAUGCAAGUACACUGUACUACUAGUAGUCAACUUGACUUAAGGACUAUAGUGUAACUUGUUCUG